AUGGUGUCGGACACGGUCUACGAGAUAUGCCUGCCCGUACUGCAGGACCCCGCCCUGCCCGAAGAUGAAAAGGCCGAUCGCGUCGAGGACGUCCUCCGCCAAGAGGCUCGUCUGACGGGCAAGGCUCUCGAGGAUGCUGUCCUGGGUGUGCUGUGGCGCCAUCGCGACACAACCCAGGGCCCGACCUCACCACCGCCCUUACGCGCCACUCAAUAUGGCGACUAUGGAAGCGACAAUGUCGACUGGAUAGUCAACGACGAUGCCAGUAGUAAUGCUUCUUUCGGUGAUUCGGCCUUUGGUCCCUACCCGUCAGACUGGAUCCAGCCUUCCAUGGUAGAGAUGUCGACCUAUGACAUGCUGCGUUCUGUUUUGCGUGACGAGAAAUCUGACGAAGAGCUCGAGCAAGUCCUCCAGCUGAAUGGCUACGACUUCAGCCAGACCAUCAUGGCCUUGGCCGAUCCCCAGGCCUUGAGCGCUACAGAGGCCCAGAACAGGACAUACCUCGUUGGAAAGUCCAUGAGUCCUACGUCCAGACCUCUUACUCCCUCUGUUCAGUCGAAAAGCGGCAUCCCAUGA